AUGGUGACAUCUCUGUUCACUUACUCCUCCACUUCACGAAGGGUAGUUCCUGCCCCAAACUCUCCCCCUCUUCCAAUUCACAUCAAGUCUACAAACGUUGUUUUCAACCCUAAUAUUCCAGAGGUUCAUCGAGGUCUUGGACUCGAUGAUUUUGUCAAUUUGUUAGCUUCCUACCACCUACGAUAUGCAAUCAGUGAUGUUCCAUCCGAGUUCUUCCCUGAACAAGUAUGUGAGUUCUACUACACUGCAACUGUCAAUGACGACAACAAUGCCAUCACCGGGACCAUUGGCCAUGGAAGACACUCUGUCUUCAUCACCACAGAACUUCUCAGUGCUGCCCUAAGGUUACCUAUCUUUGAACCUAUCUCUGAACCUCCUUCUAUUGAACGAUGUAGGCGUAUGUUUGAUCAACUGGGAUAUGAUCACUCAAAGGCUGGUGCUCGAUCGGCUCUUAUUUUGCACCAAUGUAUGAGCCCAGGUUGGAAAUUUUUCACUGGUGCUCUGUGCAAGUGUGUGGGUCACAAGUCUCGAAGUGGUGAUCAGUUGAGUAAUUAUGAGCAACAAGUCGUCUGCUCACUUCUUCUCAACAAAAGACUUGAUUAUGGGGCCCUAUUCUUUGAUCAGCUUGUUCAGCUUCUUCGUGCAAAUGUACGCGCUGAUCAUGUUCCUUUUCCACGCUGGAUUGCACUUGUGCUCGACAAAUUUUUCGCUGCAGCCUACUUCUCGCAUUCUGGAAAUCCCAUCCAAUUCCCUCGCAUGUCUGUUCGCAUGUAUCAAGAUGAUCCCCUGGAUUCUGACAUUGGAAUCUCGGAUAGAAUGAGAGAAUGGAUUGCAAAUCCAUACACUGUUCCCUCUCUCACCGCUGACACUGAUGAAGGAGGCGCUGAUGGUAACCAUGUAGAUCAUGCUGAUCAAGAGGAUGAACAACAUUAUGAUGGUCAUUUCUCUCCUCAACUUUCUCAUCAUAUCAUCUCGGAUACUAACAAAGUUCCCUCAGCACCAAAGGAUUCAAUGAAUCAGGGGGAGCAACCAUAUCAGGGGGAGCAUCCCUCGCAGGGGGAGAAUCUACAAUUUCAGGGGGAGCAACCAUCACCAGCUGCUCACCAAUAUUCUCCGGGGAUGCCACCCAGCUCACCAGUCGCUCCAGCUAUUUCAGUUGUUCAAAUUCCGGCUUCAGCAUUUUCUGAACUCAUGACACUGACUCGGGACAUGAGUCAGCAUCUUCUUCGCAUUGAGGCUGAUGUUCAACAGCUAAAAGAGGUUCUACUGCAUACUCCUCCCUCUAGUCCCCGAAUCUGA